GUAUGAAAGUGAAUAGAGAAUAGAAAACUCGACGGAAGAGACGUGUAAACUGACGAGGGAACGCCCAGCUCGAGGGUCAAAACGCAUAGGAGAAUAGAGAGGCUAGGAACAGAGAAGCCAGGGGUGAGAUGACAUAAACUUUGCUGCGGAGGAAGAGUUUUGAUUUGUGCUUCAAGCGUGGAGAGGGGCCUUGUCUGGUUUAGAGCUUUGCGAAGGUGGCUCUGAGGCUACGUGGCAGAGGCCUGAAGGGAAACUGAAACCCGAAGCCGCAGAAACUCAGAAUGGGCGGCGGCCGCAGUUAGAGGGAACCGGACGGGAACCGGGGAUUUACGCAGUUAAGAGGGCUGUUCCGAGGAGCAGCGCCCGGAGCCGACCGUCAGCUCAGAGUCCCAGCCCAGCGCUCCGCGGGCGGGGCCGGAAGAGGAAGUCGGGGCUGCAGCCCAGAGGUCCGGGUACCGCCAGCGCCGCCAGCGCCCUGCUGCCCGUCCGCGGGAUGGGGCUGCUGCUGCACUUGCGGCACGCUCCCGCGGCCGCUCUGCUCUGGAGCUGCCUGCUGGGACUGACAGCUGCUCAGGAAGCCAUCCUGCACGCGGCCGCAGAUGGCUCGUCUUCACUUUCCAAGGACUAUUGCAUGCAUUAUAACCCCAAGUGGACAAGGCUUCCAAGUUCCCUAGAAAAUGCAACUUCUCUUAGCUUGAUGAAUCUGACCGGCACGCCACUGUGCCACCCUUCUGAUAUUCCUCCUGAUGGCAUAAAGAACAAAGCAGUGGUGGUACAGUGGGGAUCCUGCCACAUCCUUGAAAAAGCCCAAAUUGCCCAGAAAGGUGGUGCUGAAGCAUUGCUGAUCGCCAACAGCAGUGUUCUGCUUCCUUCCUCAAGGAACAGUUCUGAAUUUCAAAAUAUGACAAUACUAAUUGCAGUGAUAAGCCAAAGAGACUUUAAAGAUAUGAAACAGACUCUGGGAGAUAACGUUACCGUGCAGAUGUAUUCUCCAUCCUGGCCUAACUUUGACUAUACUAUGGUGGUUAUUUUUGCAAUUGCUGUGUUCACUGUGGCAUUAGGAGGAUACUGGAGUGGAGUCAUUGAAUUGGAGAACAUGAAGGCAGUGACAGAUGCGGAAGACAAAGAGACGCGGAGGAAGAAGGAAGAGUAUUUGACUUUCAGCCCCCUCACAGUUGUCCUGUUUGUGGUCAUCUGCUGUGUGAUGAUCGUCCUGCUCUAUUUCUUCUACAGGUGGCUUGUUUAUGUUAUGAUAGCAAUUUUCUGCAUAGCAUCAGCAAUGAGUCUGUACAACUGUCUUGCUGCAUUGGUUCAUAGGAUGCCAUGUGGACAGUGCACGAUUUCCUGUUGUGGCAAAAACAUUAAAGUAAGCCUGGUUUUCCUCUCUGGAUUGUGCAUCUCAGUCGCUGUUGUGUGGGCUGUGUUUAGAAAUGAGGACAGAUGGGCUUGGAUUUUACAGGAUAUCUUAGGAAUUGCUUUCUGUCUCAACUUAAUUAAAACAAUGAAGUUACCCAAUUUCAAGUCCUGUGUGAUACUGCUAGGCCUUCUCCUGGUCUAUGAUGUGUUCUUUGUCUUCAUAACACCGUUCAUCACAAAGAAUGGUGAGAGCAUCAUGGUGGAACUUGCAGCUGGGCCUUUCGAGAACGCUGAAAAGAAUGAUGGAAACUUUGUGGAAGCCACUGCUCAACCCUCAGCUCCCCAUGAGAAAUUGCCAGUACUUAUAAGGGUGCCAAAGCUGAUCUGUUACUCAGUAAUGAGUGUAUGCUUCAUGCCCGUUUCAAUAUUGGGUUUUGGAGAUAUUAUUGUACCAGGGUUUCUCCCGGUAGCUUUGGAGCCUGUUGGAGAUGACUUGCCUGUGCCUCCCCAGCACUGGGAUAAAGGAUGUACCACACUGCCUGGCAGUAUUUGUUUGUCUAUGGCUGGCUGUUGUUGCUUAAUAGAGUGUCCACCAGAUUUAUCACAGUGCUUUUACCACAAAUGGGCAGGAUUUUCAUGUUCUUUCUUAUUUCUGUUCUUCUCUUCCCCCUUUUCUUCCCCAACCCGUGUGUGUGGGGGGAGCCAGAGAUUGAUGUCCCUUACUCUCCACUUUUUUCCUUCCUUCCUUCCUUCCUUCCUUCCUUCCUUCCUUCCUUCCUUCCUUCCUUCCUUCCUUCCUUCCUUCCUUUCUUUUUUGAGACAGGGUCUCUCUACACAGCUCUAGCUGUUGGGAAACUCACUCCGUAGACCAGGCUGGCCUUGAACUCAAAGAAUGUUUCCUGCCUCUGCCUCCUGAGUGAUUAAAGUUUGUGCACCACUAUACCUGGCUCUUUAAAAUUUGUAUUUUAUUUAUUGUGCCUAUGAGUAUUUUGCCUGCGUGUGAGUCUGUACCACAUGUGUGCAGUGCCUGUGGAGGUCAGGAGAGAGUAUCAGAUUCCCUAGAACUGGAGUUACAAAUGGCUGUGAGCCACUAUGUGGAUGCUGAACCCUAGGUACCCUGGAAGAGCAGCCAGUGCUCAUAACAGCUGAGCCAUUUCUCCAACUCAAUCUUAAUUUUUGAGAUAGCAUUCCUCACUGGACAUGAAGCUCGCUGAUUCAGCUAGCCUGGGCAGCCUUUGAGAGGCAGGGAUUCACCUGUCUCCUUCCCCUGGUACGGAGGGGGCAAACAUGCUAUCACGUGUUGGUGCAGGAAUCCACACUCAGGACAGUGAGAUAACCAGCCUUUUGUCCACCGAGCCAUCCCUGCAGCCCAGUUUCCUUUUUCAAAGAGGAGUAAUACUUGAUUUUGUAUAUGUACUGCAUUUUCUUUAUCCAUUCAUUUAUUAGUAAUCACUGAGAUUGACUUCACGUCUUGGCUGUUCUGAAUAUUGAACAUGUCUUUUUACCAUACUAAUUUCACUUCCUUUGGGUUUUUGCCCAGUAGUGGUAUUGCUGACUCACGUCAUAGAAUUGUGUGUUAAGACAGUCUUUGCUGUGUAGCCCAAGCUGGACUCAAUCUCAUGAUCCUCCUGUCUCUGUCUCCUAAAUCCUUAAAUUACAAGCUUAUGCCACCAUGCAUAGCCUGCUUUUCAUUUUUUGUUAUUUGUUGUUAGGGCCUCAGGCCUACUAGGCAAAUCCAGGAAAUACUGAUGUAGUCCUUUUCCCAUUUUCUCAUUGGGUUGGUUUUUCUUACUGUUGGCUUGUUUGGGAUCCUUGCAUGUGUUAGAUAUUAGCCCUAUCAGUUGUGUUUGCAGAUAUUCCCAUUUCACAGGCUCUUUUCUCGUUCUGUUGAUUGCUUCCUUUGUUGAGUGGAAGAUUUCAUGUAACUUCAUUGUCUUUCAAUAUGUGUAUAUUAAUGAAACAUAAAAAUAUUUUCUCUCUGAUAUGGAAUAUUGAGUAGCUAAUAAAGGUCAUGUUUUUCAAAUACUGUUUAUUUGGACAAAUUAAGGGAAUUGUCUAAAGUGUGGUACCAAGUUUUUUAAAAUAAACAUAUGAAAGUUGGUUCAUGAUUUAAGAUAUUUUAAUACUCUCGUAGUCCAAAAAAAGAGUGAAAUUCAACCGGUAUUGUUUCCCAUUAUAACAGUUGAAUUUGUAGUGCCAUU